GAGGGCGAUACCUGUUCAUAACAUUUGAACCACUAGAGGCACUAAACUCUCUCCUUUUCUCAUGACUGGAGGAUGUUUUUCUUUUCAUUCUGGGUUUUUAUUUCCCCUCCCCUCUGUUUCCUCUAAAACUGAACUGUGACCCUCCAGUACCCGGAUCAUUGCGCUGAACUGUACUAAACAGAACUCAGCUCCAUCCUGUAUCAGCAUUUCUCUCGUUUAUACGCAGAAGAGUCUUCAGUGUCUCUGUGUGUGAAUCAGGAUCUUCUGCUAGAAUGAGGAGUGGAUCUGCUCUGCUGUUGGUGCUGCUGCUCGGCUCUCUCCAGCUCUCCUCUAGUGCUCCAGCAGCGGCCCCUGUUCCUGACUGCUGUUUCAAAUUCACUAAAAAGAGGAUUCCUCUGAGAAUGGUGGAGUCUUACACAGAGACACACAGCGACUGUGCCCUUAAAGCCUUAGUAGUAUUGAGUAAAAAUGGAACGAGGUAUUGUGUGCAUCCAGAUGCACAUAUCCAUACGCGGGUGAAACGUCAUGUCACUGCUCUGGACUGAAGAAACACACCUACCACUGCAAAACUUUAACUACAAAUUCCACAACUCUCUAAGCACCUCAGAGAAGUUCACCCUGAUUAACUGAUUAUCUAAUUCUUAAAAACCAAAAGACAGAAAUCUGUUUGCAUUUGUUAAUAAAAGUAGCUUUUUGAUCUCAAA